ACAACAGACAGCACAGUGUGGCUACAUGGAGAUAAGGCGUCGGACAGGUCGGUACUCCAGGUGUUGAAGGAAGGCGACAUCUCAUGACACAGAUCAUACCUAGCAAGUCGACGAUUUCACAAAGAUGGCUACGACAACGACGGCGUUGCUGUGUCUGUGUGCUGUGACGCUGGUCGCAUCCAUCGGUGUGGAUAUAACAGAACACCUGAACAAACGAGCUGGGUCAUCCAGGGUCGCAUUCUCUGCCGGUUUGACGACCAAUCUUGAGCUCCACCAGCCCGUCAACAUCACCUUCGACAGAGUCUUCACCAACAUCGGCGACGCCUACGACAACAACACGGGCGAGUUCACCUGCCCGGCGGCAGGGACUUACGUGUUCCAGUUUCAUGGUCUGACGGAGUCUGACGGAUCCAUCUGGAUGGAGCUGUUUAAGAAUAACGCGUACGUCAUCUCCGCCUACUCCCACUCUGCCAACGACUACGGUGCUGCUUCCAACGCCAUCGUCCUUCAACUUGCCGUCGGCGACGUCGUACACCUCCAAGGUCACGGGGACGUUUAUCUGUACGGCGCCUCCGAUGAGGUGUACGCCACGUUUAACGGCUUUCUCCUAUACCCAGCUAAAAGCUCGUAAAUAAAUAAGCUACGACACUG